UAUAUAACAGGCUGCAGGCGGCCUCGGCUGGAGACAGACGCACAGUUCACAGAGAGGAAAGACAUUAGGAGGAAGAAGGAAGCAUGUUGGACCAGUGACAAAUCCGUCCUUGGGUUAGACCAAGACCUUCACACAGCUUCCUAAAAAAAUUGUCACUUUCUUAAGAAAACAAAAACAAGGAACCCAUCUUUUCCCCCUCUUUACGCACUGGAUUAACGCUUUACACCGGAACUGGACGACUUCUCUGAUUUUUUUUCUGCUUUUCAUUAUUAUUCCCUACUCGCACAAGUUCACACGUCUUGUUUUGUGAUUUUAUUUCUUAAGGUUUUGGGAUUUAUCCUUUUUUUUUUUUUUUUUUGGUUCCUCGGGACAUGAAUGAGAGCGGCGCGGCUGACAGCGGCAGCAGUCGAUGAGAAAACCCCGUGAAGGCGACAGAAACGUGCUCAAUGCAUCUUCCCCUGAGGGACUGAACAGGAGGAGGCACCCCUGAGGACAAGCCGAGCCCCGAGACUUUUUACUCUAUUUAUUUAUUAUUUAUUAUGUAUUUAUUGAAUAUGGGGCGCGUCAUCCUGCUGACUCUUGCCGUCAUGUCCAUGUUGCUGUGCCAGGGGUUUUGUUCGGGAGUGUUUGAGCUGAAGUUGCAGGAGUUCCUAAACAAGAAGGGAGUACAGGGCAACAAGAACUGCUGUAAGGGGGGGCUCACUUCGGCUUUCCAGCAGCAGUGCGAAUGUAAAACCUUCUUCAGGAUCUGUCUCAAGCACUACCAGCCCAACGCCUCCCCGGAGCCCCCGUGCACCUACGGCGGCGCUGUGACUCCCGUGCUCGGCUCCAACUCGUUCCAGGUCCCCGAUGUGAUCCCGGAGAGUUCAUUCAGCAACCCCGUCAAGAUUAACUUCGGCUUUACGUGGCCGGGGACCUUCUCGCUGAUUAUUGAGGCAUUACACACCGACUCCAAAGACGACAUCUCCACAGAGAAUCCAGACCGCGUUAUCAGCACCAUGACCACCCAGAGGCAUCUGACGGUGGGAGAGGACUGGUCCCAGGACCUGCACACCGGCGGCAGGACGGAGCUCAAGUACUCGUACCGCUUUGUGUGCGACGAGCACUACUACGGGGACGGCUGCUCGGUGUUCUGCCGGCCGAGAGACGACGCCUUCGGCCACUUCACCUGCGGAGAGCGCGGGGAGAUAGUCUGCGACUCCGGGUGGAAGGGACACUACUGCACAGACCGUGAGUACCACAACUUUGUUUAUGUGUUAGGAACAUGUGUAUGCGUGUGUGUACGUGUGUGUGUGCGGGGGAGGUAUUGUUUGAAGACAAAAAGACAUUCUGCCACUGCUGCUGCUGCUGUUGUCCUGCCAUGUGUCGGGCUGCGGCUAAUCCACAUGUGCGGCUGUGUCUUUCCAGAUCUCAACUACUGCACUCACCACAAGCCCUGCAUGAAUGGAGCCACUUGUAGCAACACGGGUCAGGGCAGCUACACCUGUUCCUGCAGGCCCGGCUUCACUGGGGCCAGCUGUGAGAUCCAGGUCAACGAAUGUGCUGGAAACCCCUGUCGCAACGGAGGAAGCUGCGCCGACUUGGAAAACACAUACACCUGCACUUGCCCUCACGGUUUCUAUGGCAACAACUGCGAGCUGAGUGCCAUGACGUGUGCCGACGGGCCCUGCUCCAACGGCGGCCGCUGUGCCGACAACCCUGACGGAGGCUACUUCUGCCAGUGCCCCACAGGGUACGCAGGGUUCAACUGCGAGAAGAAGAUCGACCACUGCACCUCCGGCCCCUGCUCCAACGGUGCUCGCUGCGUGGAUCUCGUCAACUCGUACCUGUGCCAGUGCCCGGAGGGUUUCACCGGCAUGAACUGUGACCACACCGGGGACGAGUGUUCCCUGUACCCUUGCCAAAAUGGCGGGACGUGCCAGGAAGGUCUGGACGGUUACACCUGCACCUGCCCACCGGGAUACACCGGCCGCAACUGCAGCUCCCCCAUCAGCCGCUGUGAACACAACCCCUGCCACAACGGCGCCACCUGCCACGAGAGAAACAGCCGCUACGUCUGCGCCUGCGUCCCUGGCUACGGCGGCAGAAACUGCCAGUUCUUGCUUCCGGAGCACGCCGCGAUCCGCGGGUCAGACGUGCCCUGGAUGGCGGUGGGGUCCGGCGUGGCCCUGGUGCUGCUGCUGCUGGCCGGGUGCGCUGUGCUUGUUGGAUUUUUCCGGUCAAAAGUCCAGCGUGGCGGUCAAAUAGAAACCGUCGGCGAGGUCGAGACAAUAAAUAACCUGACUAACAACUGUCACCGCGGUGACAGGGACCUGGCGGUCAGCGUGUUGCCGACGCCGGGCGUCAAAAACAUCAACAAGAAGAUGGACUUCUGCAGCAGCGAUCCCGACGAAGGAUCUUCACCGGAGAGGAGCAGCUACAAGAGUCGCCAUCCACCCGCGGACUACAACCUCGUACACGAGGUCAACCACGAGCAGGCGGCCAAAGAGGCCCUGCUGGAGGCCGCCUGCCAAGACAAGUGCCAAUCCCUGGACUCCUUUGAGUUCGAGGAGAAACGCAGCAAACGCUUAAAAUGCGAUGCAUCAGAAAAGAGAGCCCCAGAAAUGUCUGCAUGUGCGGACACCAAGUACAAAUCUGUGUUUGUGAUGUCAGAGGAAAAAGACGAAUGUAUAAUUGCAACUGAGGUGUAACGAGCCACCAAUGGGCUGCCCGUUGCUUAUCUGCUCUAUGGGAGAGUUUUUAUACUCCUUCAGAUGCUGCUCUAACCCUAGGGGGAGGUGUCCCGCCUUGAGACUGCUGCUGAUACUGAGACGUUUAACUGAUAUUCAGAGUGAGCUGGUUCUCUACUGGAAAAUAAGCGCAGGCAGCGGCGGCCUGUGGGAUAAGAACUGGCGGGGUAAA